GCCUCGUUGCCGGAACUUUGCGUGCUGGUCCCGCCCAGCCGCUCUUCCCAGGACACUGGCGUCUGUGGGCCAGUGUAGCUGUCCCUACGAAGUCUGGUACGACCCCUAAAUUUAGCUCUGAAGGUCUGUGGGCAGCCUGAGUGCGGAGGAGCGGCCUGAACACUCCACCUCCCGCUGGAAACGUUUUUCCGUAAAGCAACAUGGCGGCGCCCGUGAACUCUUAGAGAAGGAGAAAGCUUUUUUUCUGUGUACUGAAAGGGACGUUUUUCAUGAUCACUAUUUAGAUGGGUGCUGUUUUCAUGAGGAGAGUCUGGGAAGGCAGCGUCCGCUUUUCUGACAAGGGAAGCGGUGAGCACACUUUGUUCUUUUAAGGAUUCAAUGACUCCUGAGUUGGAAGAUGUGGACCUAGUUAGACCCAAGGAACAAAGCAAGAAGUCAUGUGGGACCCAGGAAGACAGGAGGACCCAUUGGAAUUCCAGAAACAAGAUCAGGUUUUAACCCCCUUUGGCCAAGUUGGCUGAAAAUGUUGAAUUAUCAACUCUGAAAUGAAAAAGAAAGUUUAUAUUAAAACAUUGCAAUUUUCUUAGAACUUCUGUAUAUAUUAACAUUUUGUGAAUGCUAAAUUCUCUUCAGUGUGCCUGUCUGGUUUACAUACUCGUGCAUCAAAUCUAUCUGUGUGUAUGAAGUAUAUGUUUAUUGAAAUAUAAGACAUUUAAGAAGCUGAUCUGGAAAGUUGGAUUUUACUUCUAGUUCCUAAUUACCAGGGUUUUUUUUGAAGGAAGGGAAUGUCUGUGGUACACCAGUUGUCAGCUGGGUGGUUACUGGAUCAUCUUUCUUUUAUCAACAAGAUAAACUAUCGACUUCACCAGCAUCACGAACCUUGUUGCAGUAAAAAUGAGUUCACUACUUCUGUCUACUUUGAUUCUCUUCAAGUGGAUUCUGUGUCCUCCUCUGGAGCGUGUGCUACAUUUAUUGCUUCGGACUGUACCACUAAGCCAGAGAAUGAUGAUGGAGGAUAUUAUGAAAUGUUCACACAAAAAUUUGUUUUUCGACCUGAAUUGUUUGAUGUCACCAAACCUUAUAUAACUUCAGCUGUUCACAAAGAAUGCCAGCAAAGUAACGAAAAGGAAGAUCUGAUGAAUGGUGUUGAAAAAGAAAUCUCCAUUUCUAUCAUUGAGAAGAAGCGUAAAAGAUCUGCUGUUUUCAAUCAAGGUGAAUUAGAUGCUAUGGAAUACCAUAGAAAGAUGAGGAAGCUGAUUUUGGAUGGAUCUCUACAGUUAAUCCAAGAAGGUCUCAAAAGUGGUUUUCUUAAUCCACUUUUUGAAAAACAGGACAAGUGUAGUAAGCCCAUUAUUUUACGACUUGACACCUGCAAUUUGUCAGAAUUAUGUGAAAUGGCAAAGCAUUUGCCUUCUCUGAAUGAAAUGGAACAUCAGACAUUGCAAUUGUUGGAAGAGGGUACAUCCGUUACUGAACAAGAUUUAUUUUUACGAGUUGUUGAAAACAACUCUAGCUUUACAAAAGUGAUUACUUUAAUGGGACAGAAAUACCUGCUGCCACCGAAAAGCAGUUUUCUUUUAUCUGACAUUUCUUGUAUGCAACCACUUCUGAACUAUAGGAAAACAUUUGAUGUAAUUGUGAUAGAUCCACCUUGGCAGAACAAAUCAGUUAAAAGAAGUAAUAGGUACAGUUAUUUGUCACCUCUGCAAAUAAAACAAAUACCAAUCCCUAAAUUGGCUGCUCCAAACUGUCUUGUUGUUACUUGGGUGACCAAUAGACAGAAGCAUCUACGUUUUAUAAAGGAAGAACUUUAUCCCUCUUGGUCUGUGGAGAUAGUUGCUGAAUGGCACUGGGUGAAAAUAACCAGUUCAGGAGAGUUUGUGUUCCCAUUAGAUUCUCCACACAAAAAGCCUUAUGAAGGUCUCAUACUGGGGAGAGUUCAAGAAAAAACUGCUCUACCAUUGAGGAAUGCAGAUGGAAAUGUGAUCCCUAUUCCAGACCACAAACUAAUUGUCAGCGUGCCCUGUACUCUUCACUCACAUAAGCCACCGCUUGCUGAGGUUUUAAAAGACUACAUCAAGCCAGAUGGGGAAUAUUUGGAAUUGUUUGCUCGAAAUUUACAGCCAGGUUGGACUAGUUGGGGCAAUGAAGUUCUCAAAUUUCAGCAUAUGGAUUACUUUAUUGCUCUGGAGUCUGGAAGCUGACUAUGAUCUUGUUUAAGGAAUUGGUUUCUUCAUCGUUUCCUCACCACUUUUCCAUUAUUCUAACCCAUUUUUUAUUUUGUUACCAAGCCAUAUGCUUAGAAUAUAAAUAGGACUUGGUUUUUCAGUAAGGGACCAGAAAUGACUAGCCUUUACGUAAUUUUGAGGUGGAUUUUACUUGAGUUGCACUAAUCUUCUACGUUAUUCUAGAUUAUACAAAUUAAGUGGUAAGCAGUUAUAAAGAUGGCAAGACCAUGCUAUUGAAAAAGUUCAGAAAACAUACACCGUGGACCAGAGAUCAUAACUGUAUCUGUGGAUGUGUUUUGUGUGGCCUGUAUGGUAUUGUAAAAUACAUUUAGAACCAUCAUUCUAAAAAAUGGGAAUAUUUCACAUAAAAGUCCAGAUUGCUGCUUCUUUGUAAACAUCAGAGGCUCUGGCUACACUGAGGCCUCUGUUUUUUCCUGACAUUAGUCUGCAGGACCUAGUGGUGGUGGCUGACUUGGGAAGAGCCUUGUGCUCUCCACUUUACCACUGUACCACUGCCGCCAUGCUGCUCCCUUAUAUCAUCCACUUGGCCCUUGUAUGACCUGAAUUUGCAAACUCUGCUGUACUAUUAACAUUCUGGAAAAAAUAUUCAAAGACCUGCCAAGUACUGCAUUUGUAUACUGAGUUUCUACACCAUUUCCGUAGGGGUUUAAAUUGCAUUCAAGAUCACCUUCCAAGCAUUUUCUCUUCUAGGAGAAAAUGAAAAGAUAUUCUUUAUAAUAAACAUGUCAGCAAAAACUGUGAUUGUGAAAAAAAUAUUAUUUACAGAUUUCCUACAAAUAAUGUCUACCAAGUAAAAUAAUUUGACUGAAAUAAUUCUUUGAAAUGCAUAUUGAUUUGUUAUGUAUUAACUUUUUAGAUAUGGAGGUAUAAUUUUCACAAAAUAAAGUUCUCCAAUUUUCAGUGUCGAAUUCAGUGAUUUUGAAAACAUACAUACAGCUGUCUGUCUGCCACAGUGAUCAUGACACAGAACACUUUCUUCACCUCAAAAACUUCUCAUUUGUCCUUUUGCAGUCAAUCCCCUCCUCCUAUCCUUGGCCCCUGGCAAACAGUGGUUUGCUUUCUAUCAUUAGUUCUGCUGUUUGAGAACUUCAUAUAAAUGGAAUCAUGCAAUGUUUAAUCUAUUGUGCCUGGCGUCUUUCACUUAGUAUUUUGAGAAAAGCAUUUAUACUAUUUACAGAUUGUCGACAAAUAUUUAUCCACUAAGUAAAAUGUUAGGCUGAAAUGAUUCUUUGACAAGCUUGCCAAUUUACUGAUUUUGUCAAGGAAAAAUAUGUUAUUUUUGAAGUUUGUUCAUCCUUUGAGUGCAUGAGUAUAGUAUCAGAGGCUUAAUUUUGUGUUUAUGGAUCUAUUCUAACUUAUUUAAAACGAAAGAGGUAUUAAACUUGAAGCAACUUC